UGUUUGUCACAAGGCGGUGUGUCAUUGUCGAGCUCCCCAGAAGAGUGGUCCGAAGCUACCGCAAAAGGCUUCAGCGAAAAACGAGUUGAAGCAAAGACGAAACAGACGAAGCAGAAAAUACAUCCAGAGAAGAAAACUGGAUCACAGAUGGCAGUCCUGAACUUCCUGGCAAUGAAAGCAGCCGUCUCCAUUUGUGUUAUUGGAGCAUUAAUUUCAUAUCACCACGGAUUUACAUAUAAAACAGAGUUUACCAUAUUAUACGUUGAGGCAAUCUUCAUUGUUCUUACGUUAACGGCAAACAAGCUGGAAAAUAUUAGACCAAUUAUUACGGCUUUGGUUAUAUUAUGCUUGCUACCAAAUUCAGUCUCUGAAAAUGAAUUUCAAAGACACCAACAUUUUUAUGAGGACAACGUUUGGCCAUAUUUUCAAUAUAAAAUGACUCUUAUAUGGUGUUACAGAGAAUGUGUAAUUUUUCUUAAAUUUAUUAUCAGUCUUUUUUCGAAUUUUAAAGUUCGAAAAGUGGACGUUUUAUGCUACCUGUUAUACCUGGUUACACAGGCUGUCGUGCUUUUGUUCAUCGUGGUGAAUGUUGCGAUGAUAAUAUAUUCACGUCUUUAUCUCGCCGUCUAUGAAAACUUCGUCCACUCUUUUGAUGAAAACAUCACAACUAGCUAUGCUGAAGGUUUCUUUGGCCCAAAAGUUUUGAACAAAACACUCUAUGAUAAUCAUGUUAUGCACGAACAAUCUUACUACCAAAAUAAAAUGGGUGAAUAUAUUCUCAGAGAUGAUAGGAUGUUCACAAGGGACCAAAUGCCUCAACUUCCACAUUUUCGUUAUUCAGUUAAAAGAUAUUUAGGAGAAGAUGUAGAAUUGACGUGUGGUUACCGGUUUAUAAAAGGUCAUAAAAGAGAUAAUUGUUGGACAAUGUGGUCUUUAAACGGAACAGGUAUACAUGGCAAGUCAUCUCGACAUUCAACUAAAGAAACUAUAAGUGAAAGUGAAUAUACAUACAUGGAUAUUCAGUCCACAUUUACGAUUCGUGUACUUCAAAAGUCCGAUUUCGGUGAUUAUGAGUGUCGCGUGCAUUACUUUUAUUAUGAGAAAGACGCAACUCUCAAACGGGCAGAAAAAACUUUGAUAAAAAAGACCUCCCUUGUUGGCAUAAUUUCAUUGGAGAAGAUCGAGACAAGAACAACUAUUUUAAGGCGGGAUGUGGGUAAUUUAAUUGCUAGUCACGUAUUCUUUUUGUACCACACAGUUGAAGACAUUUCAGACAUAAGAAUUGAAUAUACCAUUAACGACAAACCUGUUGAUGUGACUUGUCCAGGUUAUUCUACUAUCAUGUGCUCUCUUGGAGCUAAUAUUUUAAAACGAAAUAUGCAGAUAUUGCGCAAAAUUGAUAUUCCAUAUAUUGAUAUCGGGGAGCUCGAAAGAGGAUCACAAUUAAAGGCUGCAGUUAUCUAUUACUGCAUGUGUCCCAGAGCAUUCGGAAUACAUCGUGUUAAUUUCAUUCGCUACGUGAAUGAUUCAACAAGGAAUAAGUUUGUCUACAUGGACAUUCAACAUCCAUACGUGUUCGUCGUACUACCACGAUCAGCACCAUCGUUAUUCCGUUUCUCUGAUGAUGCGACAUUAUAUGCAGGUAUCGAAGAUCUCGUAAGCUCAAAUCAGCCGCUGGAAUUUAUAGAAAUGAAAUUUGAAUAUCUUAAUGGAUUUGUAGUUGCAAAUGAGCACAAGUCACUUUUAAUAGCGAACAUUAUUCAAAACGCUGUUUUUGUUUGUUUGGUGGUUAUCCUAUGCAUAGUUAUCAAAUACACGGCAAGGGUUUACUUUACUUAUGUUUUACGUAAACCAGUCAGACGUAUUCUUUAUCGUUUGCCUAAUAUUAACCACAUGCCAAUGAUAGAUAAUUUUGUAUACGAUGUAUACAUCUCCCACUCUGAGCAGGAAUACGAAUUUGUGACUCAGAAACUUAUACCGUUUUUGCAGGAUCAUGUACAUUUGAAAGUGUGUUUCUCAGCAAGUGACGCAAUUGAACCAAAUCGAUCACGUAUACAUGGGUUCAUCAAAUGUACUCAUCAGAGUCGUAAAAUAAUACUGGUUUUAUCUCAAGGGUAUCGUGACGAGAAAUUAUGUGAAGACCUUCAACUGCAGCACAUAAUUUUACCACUGACGUACGAGAAUAAGCGCCAAAGCUCAGACAUAUUAUGUAUUUUGUAUGAUGAAGGAGCCAGAUUCCCGCCUGUUUGGGAGUGGAACACACACGUUCAGCGAUUAGCAUGGAAUAAUCAUUUGCCCGAAAAUGUUAAGCUAGAAUCCGUACGGAGAUGGGUAACAACGGGUCGGCUGUUACCAGCACUAGGAUAAUAGGCAUUGAAAACUGUUAAAUAUGUUAACAAAGGGUUAACAAAGACAUUGUCAAUAUUUGCCGUCAUAAUGAUGUAAAUAGUAUGCUGUCAUAUAUUAUUAUGAGUAUGUUGCUAACUGCAAUUACGUUUAUUUAACUUCAUUAUGUGAACAACGAAUAUAAAUUAUUUUCGUCUUUAAAUUGUAUUUCUAGUUAAUUUAUUGAAGCAUAUGUUUUUCUUCAUCUAUAUUUUGUUUCCAUCGCAUUAUUAUGUUGAUAUAAUGUUGACAUAUCGAAUAUUAUAAUUUCCAUAAUCAGUCCGUAAUAUCUUAUGUUUUAUUGUCAUCAAUACUAUUACUCAAGGUAUGUAUUGCUCAAGUUCUAAUCAGAGUUACAGAACUUUAUUUAAAUUGUAUAUUUUAUAUAAACUAUUAACUGUUGUUGAAUGUUAUUUUUGUGUUUAUGCUUAUGUUUCUGAUCAUGUUUGAUACGUUUACUUAUGUACUUAUUCAUCUUUCUUUGAACUGUGUUUUUAUAAAAAAAAAUCUGAAUAGUACCGUCCAUGUGUGAUUGCACUAUACAUAUGCCAUUAUUUCUUACAAUAAAAGAGUAAACAUAAUUUAGAUCUAUACGUAAAUGAAAUGUGUAAUGUAAUUUGAAUAUAUUUUAUUAAUUUUA